GGCCCCAGGUGAGCAGUGUUGCUAAUUGAAUAUAAUGAGAAGCAGCUAAGAGGCACAGGGCUGGAUGGAAGUGUAGUGUGUUUCUAGCAGAGAGUGCAACUAGUAAUGUCUCUGUUUAAUGUGCUGGGUUCUAUAUUCCAGGUGCCAGAGAGUCGAACGCAGAAUGUCUCCAUUUAUUAUUCUCCAAAAGAAAGCUUCAAGGGAAGGUCCCUGAGGAGAAAACUGAGCAAGUCUGAUAUUGGUUCUCCCAGCGAUUUCAAACACCUGGCCCAUGUGGGAUGGCCUUCUGGGACCAGUUUGGAUGCAAGAACUGAUGCAGACCUGAAGAGGCUGUUUAGCCUGGCGGGGAUCAAAGAGGAGCAUCUGAAAGACCGGGAGAUGUCCCGUAAGAUAUUUGCAGUUAUAGAAAAGAAGGGUGGGAUGGAAGCCGUGAGGAAGGAAACUCUUAGAAUGGCCCAGAAUGAUAUGCCAGAACCACGUUUUAGAUGGCGCUCCUUGUCAUCUACCAACCUAACACCAUCCAAGAGGCAGAAUAGCUUUCCUGUUGCAUCUCCCCAUGCAGCUAAAAUACCUAUUACAACAUUGCCUUCGUCUCCAUUUAGUUACAUUUCUUCUCUCCGUAGAGUUCCUACUGCUCUACCAUCUUCACCUCCGUUCCCAUCUUUGAAUCUCAUACCUUCUCCCCCUACGUUAUUGGAUGACUUCUCCUCUGUACCUCCUCCAGCUCAAAGCAACAAAUUCUCUCCCCCCAGAAGCAUCAAAACUAAACCUUCACUAACCGAUUCAUCAAUUCGCCCAGCUAUCCCUCCUCGGCCACCUACUCUACCUUCUACUAAAGAUUCCACAUUAGUUCCUCUGUCACUACCUCCCCUCCCUAUGUCUGUCUAUAAGUCUUCCUCUGAGUUGUCUUUUCUGUGUCAACCCCAGUCUCAGGCAUCAUGCCAACACACAAACAUGCAACAUGGUAGUGUGCCCCUACCACCACCUCCACCCCCUCUUCCUCCCCUUUUGAAGAAACCAUCCCCUGAAACAGUGUGCCCGACCUUUCCAUCUUAUCCUGCCAAAGAUCUACACAAAUCCCCAUUAAAGUGCAGGAUGCAGACUGAGAAAAUACAUUGGGAAAUGCCUCAAAGAGAACCAUCUCUCUUCCUGGAGCAGAUCAGACAGGGUGUACAACUAAAAUCUAUUUCCCAGCCCUCAAAAAUGGAAUCUUCUCAGAACUGCACAAUUGUAUCUGCACUGAUGGCGGUUAUACAGAAAAGGCACAAAGCCCUGCACGGCUCUGAUGACGAAACAGAUGAAGAUGACUGGGAAGAUUAGGAAGGGAACUGAACAUUGUUUUGUAAACAUUGUAAAUGUGAAAAUAGCAUUUGAGUAUUGUACAUUUUUAAAAAUAUUGAAAAGGGUCUAUGUAAAUAAAGGUUUUUGUUUUUUUUUUAUAAAAUGUUUUGCUGCUUAUUGCUCAUUUUGUCUCACUCCUCCAAAAGCCAAUUUUCAGCUUGACUCUUAAGAUCCAAGGCCUGAAUGUGGCUGUGCAGCCUGUCCUUAAAGAAGAAUUCAACCCUAAAGUUAAAAACCCUACAUAGACUCACCCCCCCAGUGUUACCCAGGCAAAUGCCCUAACGCUUUACUUACCCCUCUGUGCAGAUUCUGUCCAGCGGUGUUCACAGGCGACCUCUUCUCUUCGGAAAUUUAAGGAUUGAGACCGGCAGCGCAUGCGCAAAAAAAAGUCCUUCCCACAUUUUUUUAUGUGUCUCUGAAAUUUCAAAUUCUUUUGACUUAAUAAAAGUGAUAUCUCUA